AUGUACUACUGCUGGAAGAGCCACGGUGAAAAAGAGAGGAGACAGUGCGCAAGACAUGUCUCUCUUGGGGUUGUACGGGGGUUAAACGUGCCUGUGAAUUACCCUGGAGUGAGUUUGGUGGAGUUGCUUCCAAACAAAAACGGCCGCAGAAGGAGACAGCGUCUCCCUUUAGCGAGUGCUUCAGGGGCUCUGGAGGGGGCUGGGGGAGGGACAGCAGGAGCAUCAGCAGCAGCGGCAUCCGCAGCAGCAGCAGCAGCAGCAGCAGCAGCAGCAGCAGGUGGGGGGAACAGCAGCAACCCAACACCUCCUGAUGAUGUCGGGCUGCUGCUGCAGCGCGUUGUGAGGCGCCUUGCAGAAAGGGGGCCGACUCCUGCUGCUGAGCAGGGCCCCACACCCUCGCUUGUGGGGCUAGAGGCUUUGUGGGGACCCGAAGGCAGCAGCAACAGCAGCAGCAGCAGCAGCAGCAGGGGGCCCCCCUUGGCUGCAGAGAACCUUGGGUUGCUGUACGGGGGGCUGCUGCACUUGGCAGAGGCGCAGCGAGAGCGAGCAGCAGCAACAGCAGUCUCUCAGGAGCCCCGGGGCGGCCUUAAGCGCAACAGCAGCAGCAGCAGCAAGCUGUCUCCUUCGCAGACAAAGAGAGAGAGAGAGACAGCAGAUAUUUUCUUGAGGCCGGGCCUCCUCGUCCCUACAGACAGCGCACUGGAGCAGAUACCUCUAAGGCGAUCCCUACAGGGUUUUGCCCCCACCAAGCAGCAGCAAGUGCAGCAGCAAGUGCAGCAGCAAGUGCUUCAGGGAGAGUGUGGGGAUGCCUGCUGGGGUCCAGUUGGGGGCUCUGCUGCUGCUGCAGCAGCAGCAGCUGCUGCUGCUGCUGCUUGCUGCGGAGACACCCCAUUCGUUCCCUUGGGGGCCCCUCUUUCUGCCUCCUGCAACGUAGAUUAUGAAGCGUUUCUGUCUACAGGAGGGGGCCCCCAAGAGGAAUUGUUUAGGGCAGCCGACGCAAGCAGAGAGAGACAGCCAGCAACAGGAGACAGACAGCUGGAAGACGAGAGACAGCUGGGGGGCCCCCUUGCUGCUGAUGCAUGCGUAGAGCAAGUGGGAGGGGCCCUCUGGGGAGCGAGUAGCGAUCUGUGGGGCCCCAGCUGCAUGCAGCAGGUACAGGGCAAAGGAGACGAAGAGACAGGAAGCCCUAAGGCCUCCUCCUGGGGUAACACAGGCAGCAGCAACCAAGGAAAUGCAGCAGCAGCUGCUGCAGCUGCAGCAGCAGCAGCUAUCAGCCUCUCCCUUAACUCUGGGCCUUCCCUCGUACCCACACCGGAACUACACAGCACUCCCUGGGAGAGAGUUGCUGCUCUUGGUGAGUGUGGCGUGAAGGGAAGCUUUUUGGAGGGUGAUAGCAGCAGCAGCAGCAGCAGCGGGGGCAGCAGCACGAGCAGCAGCAACAUCAGCAGCAGCAGGAACAGCAGACAUGGGCGCCGUGCAGAAGAAGAAGGGGGUAGUGUUGCUUCUACUUGUUUUUCUAUGGAUUUCACCUUGGGUAGCAGCACGAUCUCUUCUGCUGUUCCUGGGGACACAGAGCAGCAGCUGUCUCCUCCCGCUGCACAUGCCUUUGUGAGGUUUGCUGCAGACGACGAUGACCCACUAGCAGCAGCAGCAGCAAAGGGAGAAGGGGAAGACGAGGAGGUCUCCCCUGAUGGCGUUGGCGGGGGGCCGUGGAGAUCUGCAGCUGCAGCUGCAGCAGCAGCUGCUGCUGCUGCUGCUGCGGUGCAGUCUUGGCAGGAGGUGCGCAGCCCGGAGCGAGGUGACAGCGAGGGUCAGGAGACAGCCGCAGCAGCAGCUGCUGCAACUGAGGAGCGCUGGGAGGGAGAGGAAGAGAGCACGCUGCUACCUAUGCCUGAGCUGCAGGGGCUUGGCUACGGAGACAGCGGAGUAGAAGGAGACAGUGAAGAGAGUAAGCGGUGGGUCUCUUGUCUAAUGUCUCUCUUGAAACUCGUACAGGAUCAGGAGGGGCCAGGGAUAGAAGAAGCAGCUAACAGACGAACCGAAGAAGAGACAGAGAAGAGACAACCACCUGCAGAACAGCAGUCCCCUCUAGAGGUUAAAGAAGAGCAGCUGUCUCCUCAGCCUGAGGAGACAGAAACUCAAGGGUGUGCUUCAUCAUCAGCACAUCUACCUACGCGUGUAGGCCUUCAUUGGCUGGCUGUCUAG